CUCCUCAACGUAAACUCAAAAGUGUUUUACAUGGUUUUGUAUUGUGCGCGCCAACGAUGGAGGUGGACCAGCAGAACUUAGCCGAAGAGUACGUUCAGGAUUUCGUCCUGGACCACUUGGAGGACAUAACGGUGAAGCGCGAGGACAAGAAGCAUUACUUCGAGGCGUGCUCGAACUGGCUCGAGGAGGACACGCGGAAUUGCAGACCCGAUAGCUGGGAGGAACGGAGGAACAUGUCGUCUACGCCCGAAACCGUGUACCAACAGCCCAGCUUGAUAAAUAUGUCGCUGAUGACGGACCCGGGCACCCCCCCGGAAACACCUCCGAGCCAGUCGCCCAUCGCUUACCGUCCCCCGGGUCUCGUGGAGGAGAUGAUGUGGUUCCCGCAGGCGAUGCGGUCCGACCCUCAGCCGUUAGAUUUGCGUCCGCUGCAUUGCAUAAGUGAUAUCGAUUGGGAACGUAGGGAGUACAUACCGUCGGGGAUGAUACUGGAGAAUCAAAACCACCACACGCUGCACCACACCAGAUCGCAAUCGGUGUGUUCCGGUGCCAGUGCGUUAUCCGCACGCGUGAAUAACCAUAAUAGCGGCUACUCCACAUGUUCCGAGGAUUUGGGGCUAAACGACGAGCUCUUGGUGACCCUUACGGUGCGCGAGUUGAACAAAAGGCUGCACGGGUGUCCCAGGGAGGAGGUGGUGCGGUUGAAGCAGAAACGGCGAACGCUGAAGAACCGCGGCUACGCGCAGAACUGCCGAUCGAAGAGGCUGCAGCAGCGACAGGACCUGGAGCAAACCAAUCGCAGCCUGCAACACGAGCUCCACAGGUUAAAGUCGGAACUCGCGAGGGUCGUGCAAGAGCGGGACCUCUUGAAGCAAAGGCUGCAGCUCGGCAGGAGCCACGUGCACAACCUCAACUCCGACGGCGGCCAGAGUUCGCCGGAGUUUUACCUUUGACACAGCUUCCCGGGUCGGAGGCUAUAGUUGAUUUCGACCCAGAAGCCGAACAGAAUAGCCGCUUCGACGUGAAAAAAGGAUAUUUUGAGUGAUAGUGAGGUGUGUGUUUUUCAAUGGUAACGCCGAGUGCAAUAAUAACACUAAAAAACAACCUCAAACAAUCGAAUCUUAUUCGUGUAAAUAAUAUCGACCCGCACAAUGUUAUUUUAUAUGCGUUUGCGUUUAUAAUUAAAAUGUUUAUUACGUUUCUGAGCGGUCGACGCUCCAAAUCAAUUGCAUAUCUUAAAUUUUUUUUUGUUUUUUUUUUCCUCUUUUUUGUACAUAUUUAUAAUAAUCUGAAGUAUUUUUGUAUCGGCCGGGCCUUUUAA